UGGAAUUAUUUCUUAAAAGCCUCACGCUGUCGAACGUACUCGCUUGCAAACUAGACAAAGUAUGGUUUAACACUUGUUAAACCCGUUAAGGAAACCACGAGUGUCUUUUCUUUAAAGAUUAAUUGCGUAAAAAAAAUCUAGCGCCGUUUCUCUCUUAAAGGUUCAGCAAGAGAAAAUCUUUUGAAACGAAGACUUUUCGCACUGACAUCUAUAAAAGAAUUGUUAACCUCAGGCAAGAAAAGUAAGAGGGACUGAAGGCCUCGAAUUUUGCCGUUUUGCGAUCGUCAGAAUCGUUCAUUACCCUCCCGGACAGCCGAAUUGCGGGGGAAUAGGUGAAAAUGGAACCGUGAUUCCAUACACAGCUAGAGGGAGUGUCGAGACUUUAUAAGAAAAUCGACCACUGGGACCACCCUACCAACUUGGCUGCGUCCCCGGGGCCAGUGCUGCUUCGGAAACAUGUGAGGAGCGAUAAAUACUCCCCGAUGGUCGAGAGGGUUCACUUACUUCAUGCGAACCCCCAGUAUGCCUACGUGGUUUUACCUGAUGGGCGGGAGGACACGGUCUCCAUCCGCGACCUGGCGCACGCAGGAGCUCCGGGCCCCUACCCUGAACACUCUGUGGUGACUAUUGACCCCGUACCCACCAAUAGUGUGAAGAAGUAGCAUCACCCAAUUAAGAACAAAGGCUAAGCUACAAUGGGAGAAUGGAGCUUUCUGAGCGACUGGCUGGACUCGAUCAAAAGCCAUGCACCCAUGCUGGGUCGUAUCUGGCUCCUGCUCAUGAUGAUCUUCCGCGUUCUCGUCCUGGCCACAGUAGGGAGUGACAUCUUUGAGGAUGAGCAAGAAGAGUUUGCCUGCAACACACUACAACCCGGUUGCAAGCAAGUCUGCUACAACAAGGCGUUCCCCAUCUCGCCUUUCAGAUUCUGGGUCUUCCACAUUGUGUUUCUGUCCGUGCCAUCCUUGUUGUUUGUGGUUUACGCCGUCCACCAGUCCUCAAAGGACGAAGAGAAGCAAGAGCGAGUAGGCCUCAUCCAAAGGCGAGAAGCACCUGUAAAAGGGGUGCCAAGAAUACAGAAAUGCUACAUCAUCCAUGUCAUACUGCGACUGAUGGCUGAAGUGGCUCUGGUUGUUUGUCAGUAUUUCCUAUUUGGCUUCAUCAUUGAGCCCCAGUUUCUGUGCACUGGUUUUCCCUGCCCACACACUGUGGAUUGUUUUGUGUCUCGCCCAAUGGAGAAGACCGUGUUUGUAGUGUUUUAUUUUAUAGUUAGUAUCCUCUCUGCAAUUAUCAGCCUUGUUGAGCUGGCACACAUAAUUAAAAAGAUGCUCAGCCAGCAGCAACUAAAAGACUUGGAGGAGCAGAACCAGUCAACUAGAAACUACGUGAAGGAUAAGGAUGCCGAAUCAGUCCAGCUAUUGGACAAGAUGGUUAUGGUGAACCUCAGCUCCAAUCAUUCUGACGUAGACUCUACUCACAAGAACAAGUCACUGGGCAGCAGCAACAGUGGAAGAUCUUCACAGUCAAGUGCAAAGAAACCUUCCCUCAAUAUCUAAGAAAUAAAUUGGGCAACUGUGGUAUAACAACAACAGGGUGAUUCCAAAUUCAAAGGUGCAACCAGUUGAACUCUAUGAAUAUUGAGUGUAAAGCAGAUUCAAUUGUCAUUUAUCCAGUUCUGCUCUCACAGAUAUUGUAUAUUUGAUUGGCUGUUGCCAGGCAAUAGAGGUUGCUAAGAACUUGUAAUGUCUGUUCAUUAUUAACAGUGGUGCCUUUUCUUCUAUAAUGUUCAAAAAUAACAUGUGCUAAGUGUGGUAAAGCAUUGAGAAACUCACCUGUUGGUGCAGUACUGUCUGUGUGGAGUUUCCAUGUUUCCUCAAAGUGAGUGUAAGCAGAGUCUUUGACUAUUUGUAAGGUACAGUAAGAUGGAAAAUCAUACUAGUCACGUCCUUGAUAAAUGGCAGGGCAGGGCGGAGGAAAUGUAUAACCUUCUGCUGCCCUUAAUUCAAAGGCUUUUUGUCUUGAGGUGAUUUGAAGGACUACAGCCUAGAGAAAGGGCUGCAUGUAACCAGAAGACCAAAAGACAUAGGAGCAGAAUUAGGCCAUUAUUAGACCCAUCAUGCCUGCUUCACUAUUCCAUCAUGGCUGAUUUAUCACCCUUCUCAACCCCAUUCUCUUACCUUCUCCUUGUAAUGUUUAAUGUCCUGACUAAUCAAGAACCUAUCAAUCUUCAAUGUGAUUAUUCCCAAUGAGGCGCCUGUGGCAAUGAGUUCCACAGAUUCCCACCCUCUGCCUAAAGAAAUUCCUCCUCACCUCUGUUCUUAAAGGAAUGUCCUUAUAUUCUGAGGCUGUGCCCUUUGGCCCUAGACUCUCCCACAAUUGGAAAUGCGCUCUCCAUGUCCAUUCUAUCUAGGCCCAGAGCCAUCAAACAUUCCUUUCAUUCCCAGUAUCAUUCUUGCGAACUUCCUCUGGACCCUCUCCAAAGCCAGCACAUCUUUUCCUAGAUAACUCACAAUACUCCAAGUGCAGUCUGGCCAAUGCCUCGUAAAGCCUUAGUAUUACAUCCUUGCUUUUAUAUGCUAGUCCUCUCGAAAUGAAUGCUAACAUUACAUUUGUCUUCUUUACUACCGACUCAACCUUUAAUGACAAUCUGUUGCUAGCUGCUGGACAGUCGCUGGAUACUAGGUGAAGGUAUCUCUCAGCUACGUAGUCUCCUGAAAUAAUUAAAGGUGAUCAUUACUUUAGA